UAAAAACACGGAAGUGGUGAAAGGUGCUGUACAGUAAACAGUGAGAAGCAGAGGAGCUGCUGAGCGGGAGAAACGUCUUCACUAAUGGAUUUCUGAACCGGUUUACAGAUGUUUUAACACGUCGACUCAACGUUAAACUGUGAAACUGCAGGUGGCUCUGUGGGGCUGCAGGUAGCUGCUGCUGCUGCUGCUGCUGCUGCUGCUGCUGCUGAUGAUGAUGAUGAAGGUGUUUCGCAGUCCGGCCCGUCACGGCUACGCUGUGGAAGUGUCUCCGUUCAUCCCCAACAGAGUGGCCUGUGCUGCCUCCCAGUACUAUGGACUAGCUGGUUGUGGUGCUCUUCUGGUCCUGGAUGAGACGGAGUCAGGAGUCUCUCUAGUGAGGAGCUGGGAGUGGAGUGACGGUCUGUUCGAUGUGGCGUGGAGUGAAACCAAUGAACAUGUCUUGGUUGCCGGGGGUGGAGACGGCAGCCUGCAGCUGUGGGACAUAGCCAAUCACAGCGCUCCGCUCAGGGUGGCCAAAGAACACACACAAGAGGUGUACGCUGUGGACUGGAGUCAGACCAGAGGAGAGAACCUCAUCGUCUCUGGGUCGUGGGAUCACACGGCCAAAGUGUGGGACUCUGCUCUCAGCCACUCACUGACUACUCUCAGAGGUCAUGAAGGGGUCAUCUACAGCACCAUUUGGUCUCCUCACAUCCCAGGAUGCUUUGCCUCAGCCUCAGGUGACGGGACACUCAGAGUGUGGGAUCUGAAGGCCGCUGCGUGUCGAUUGGCCAUCCCGGCACACAACGCUGAGAUCCUUAGCUGUGAUUGGUGCAAAUACGACCAGAAUGUUGUGGCCACAGGCUCCGUCGACUGCAGUGUGUGUGUGUGGGACCUGAGGAACGUGCGGCAGCCUGUCAAUCAACUGCGAGGCCACACCUACGCCAUCCGCAGAGUCAAGUUUUCUCCGUUCAGUAAGACAGUGUUGGCGUCCUGCUCGUACGACUUCACAGUCAGGUUCUGGGAUUACAGCAGGAACCAGCCUCUUCUGGACACGGUGGAGCAUCACUCAGAGUUCGUCUGUGGAUUAGACUUCAACCUGCACGUCCCCAACCAGGUGGUGGACUGUUCCUGGGAUGAGACGGUGAAGAUCUACACUCCUGCCUGUCUGUCUGCUGGAACACACAGCACAGCGCCUUAGAACACACACACGUCUUUCUAUAGGACUCUCAUUGACAUGAUGCAGUCCCCAGUGUUAACCUUCAGACAGCCUUCUGAAGCCUUCUGUGUGUGUGUGUGAGGGAGCUGGUAUUACCCCCCCCCCCCCCCCCCCACACACACACACACACCUGUUUAUCAGCAGCGGGCUGUGGGGAAUGUACUGUCUGUACUGAAAUGACUGGAAAAGUCUAAUCUCACACCCUGAGAACCCAAACACAUGUUUGUGAGGAGAUAAAGUGUUUCUACCACGCUGGAAACAGGUUCCUGUACUCUCUAAAAAAUAAAACACACUUUUUAAUAUAAUUAAGAGUAAAAAUAAUUUACUGUAAGAGCUGGAGUUUAAUUUGACGUAUUAGAAGACACCAGAGUCCCAAUACAUUCAAUGUAUGUAAUCAGUAAUAAAGGACUGCAAACGUCCGUCAUGUUCCAGGUGUGACUGAGACUGAGACUGCACUGUAAACUGAUGGAGGAUGUUGUACUCUGUGAUCCAUGUCACUGUGUUCCUCUGCCUGUCAGUUCCAGUGGAGGCUGACUGUCAGCUGUGACUAACUUCAGAAUGUAAAUGUCGUCGCUGUAGAUGUGGUUGUUGAUUCUGUGCCUUCAAUAAAUCAUCUUCAUCUCAUCACUUCA